AAGGCACUGUCUCACUCUUGAGUGUAGGCCAGUGUAGUGUGGUAUCACCAUCAUUAUUAUUAUAACUAUUAUUAUUUUAAUAACAACAACAACAUUAAAAACAACAAUAAUAAUAAUUAGAAUUCGUCUGUACCUUUUGAGUUAAAUAAAGGAACACGGAAAAAACACGGAAUCAGCAACCUAAAGAAACCCAAAGGACACACGGACACGCGCACGCGUGCACGCAGCCUCCGCCGUAGUCCGCAGUUGCAUUGAGAAUAAACAGAAAGGUAGUGCACUGGCAGACAGUCUUCACAUGCCUGGACAUAGAUACAUGGCGUCCUCCCGUUGAAUUGAUGCUGUGCAUACUGACGGGAUAUUCGAGCCAAUAAUAACAUUAGCACAUCAUAAUAAAAGACAGCAAAUGUCAUUAUUGUAUCGGUGGCUGUGAGGAUUCAGCGCCCAUCGCAUCGCCAGUCAGGUUGAAUCGAGAUAAAGACGAUGGAUGGAGGCGCAUCCAGCUCCAUUGCUGCAAAUACGGUGGAUUUUUCUCUUUUUUUUUUGCUCUCCCUCCCCAUCGCGUCCUUCCAACCAUCACCACCACCAUCAUCCGCAUGUAGCAAGGUGUCUUUGAGACGGUUUAAGGACAUCUGGAGGAAAUGAGUAGAAGGGACUAUUUUGACUCAACGCCUGUCAAGAUGAAGGCAUUACUGAGAAGACCUGUUCUUGUAGACUCAACUGAUUAGAUUGUCAUUCAUGAGAGCAACACAGACAUCACUUCGUUGAGAACCGUCAUCAAAAGUCAAUACCUCUUUCAUCUUAAUGUAGGAAUACUUUGCUGAAUUUACCCAGAUUUCAACAUCAAGUCAAAUCCACCAGGACAGGAGUAUGCUAUCUGCACCUUUUCACAGAAUACUACGACCCCUGCUGUUUGGCACAUUUGUACUGGGAUGCUUUGUCACUCUGUUUUUGAUGUAUUUUAAACCGUCCACCAGCUGGCUAUCAGGUUCUGUAGAGUCAACAAUUUCCACAGACAGAGUCAAGAACCUCUUCUCCAACAAGAGUGACAAGAAUGUGACGACAGUGCUGAUCUGGCUCUGGCCGUUUGGACAAACGUAUGACCUGAAUGUCUGCAGCUCCGUGUUUAACAUCGAGGGCUGUUUUAUCACAGCAGACAGGAACUUCUUCAAUAAGUCUGACGGGGUCAUCAUUCAUCAUCGAGACAUCUGCUCUGAUCUGUCCAAUCUGCCACCACUGCAGCGACCGUCCUUCCAGAAGUGGAUAUGGAUGAACCUGGAGUCGCCGUCACACUCGUCCCAGCUGUCUGGGAUUGAGAACCUGUUCAAUCUGACUCUCAGUUACCGUCAAGAUGCUCACAUUGAAGUGCCUUAUGGGAGCAUUGUACCAGCAGAAGGUGAGGAGGACUUUGUCCCACCAAGCAAGACCAAGUUGAUCUGCUGGAUUGUGAGCAACUGGAACGCAGACCAUGUGCGGUCGAAAUACUACAAUGAGCUGUACAAACACAUCGAGGUUCACGCAUAUGGACAAGCCUUUGGGGAAUACAUAGCUGAUCAGGAUUACUUCCCCACCAUUGCCAGCUGUAAGUUCUACCUGGCUUUUGAAAACUCCAUCCAUAAAGACUACAUAACUGAGAAACUGUACAACCCACUCUCGGUGGGGACAGUCCCAGUGGUUCUGGGCCCGUCUAGGCAAAACUACGAGAACUUCAUCCAGGGUGACGCCUUCAUCCACGUGGAUGACUUCCCUUCACCCAAGGAACUGGCAGAUUACUUGCUGCUCCUAGACAAGAACGAGAACAUGUACCUCAGGUACUUUGAGUGGCGGCGGCACUUUAAAGUUAAAAAGGUCAACUUUUGGGAAGAGCACACAUGUCUGGCUUGUGAUUACUUGCGUAGGCACAAAGAAUAUAAGACAUUCAAUAAUCUUGACAAGUGGUACUGGGGUGGGUAGAGAUUUGGGGGGUUACCAAGCGUUUGAUGUGUUGGAGAGGGCAGUGCUUUAAGAUCUUUAAUCCUUUGUUUCAAACUGUAGACUAAAUGUAAGGAAUGGACAUUGUCAACCAGAAGUGCUCUGCUGGUUCUUGAGGUAACUGUGACUAUAUGUAAUUCUUUGGAGAAAUAGACUACGUCAAUUCAUAGCUAAAGAAAUGUUUUCCCACAUGGGUCAAGAAUCAUCAAUUUCAUAAUUUCAAUUCCAUUAAGAGGAAAAUGGAUGAUUACAUCAUUGGAUACAUUGUCCACAUACCUGCAGGUAGACUGGAAUUAUCCAUGAGCUUUCAUAUGAAUAUGCUACUUCUGAAACCAGUGGAACAUUUCUGGCCCCAGUUCCCAUUUUUUCACUUGUUAUCAAAGUUUAUUCCUAAUAUUUGGCUUAGUUUGAAAAAAAGAGUUCUAAUAAUUAAUGAUCAGUGGUCCAAUGUCUAACCUGAUUUUUUUUUCCUUUGUCAGCGAUUCUAUGCCUUAUUUUGCAUUUUGCAUCAUUUUAGUAUAAUUUAAUUAGUAAAUAUAGUUUUUUUAUAUUUUUAUACAAUUAUGUUUCUAACACAAAACCAUUUGUAGCUAUUUUAAGUUUUCCAAUCCAGUGUGUCUCUCUUUAUUUUUAUUACGAUUCUCGAGAAAAUACCACACAACAAACCUUGCUAUAGAGUUGAUUGCAGGACAGUAGAGAGACAAAAAAAGUGAAAAGGUCGUGUAAUAUUCAUUUAGAAAUCAAAAUUCCAUCUGUGCUAGUGACGCAGUCACCUGUGUGGUGUUUACUAAACUCAAAUGUGAAAGUUGUUGAAUCUUGUCAUGUACAUAUAGUGUCGUGGGGUUUUUUUUAAACUAGCUGUGAUUUCUUUUUAUUUCCUCUGUAUUUUUGUAUUUCUGCAUUUGCACAGUCAAUCCAACGGUUUCCUAUGGUAACGCGUGUAAAGACAGAAGCUCUGCCACGGCGUUUGUGUGGCAGCCGAUGGCAUAUGGUGAUCAUUAGCCCAGUCGUCCAUGACAGCAGCUGUGACUCUGAGAAGGAGGUUACUAUUUUAAACGUAUUGUGAAAUUGUUCAUUGUCACAUGUGAUUUGUCACAGUGCAGUCAGAUCCCAUGUGAAGGAUUAUACCGCAAUGUGAAAUUCCCACACCUAUCGUUAUGUUGCAUUCUGAUUUUAUCUAAGUCUGUAAUUUUUUUUUCAUCUGAAUGUGGUGGUAGAACAAGGAUCAAAUGGAUACAUGUCUGUUUAAAUAACAGUUUUUUUUUGUGAACUGUCACAUUCCAAACUGACAGGGUUCAUCAUUUUGUACCCAAUGGUUAAAGCAAAUGUGAAUUAGACCUGAUCAUUCCAGUGAGCUCUGCUGGCAUGUCCAAUAACAUGGGGGGCCAAUGACAGACACAACCAUUGAAAAAAUGUUGACAUGAAACAUUCUAUUGUUUAUCACUUUGUGAUAACCCCAAACGCCUGUGAAGUAGCCUUUGUCGCACACAGUAAAAAACAUAAGCUAACUGGCUAAAGGUGGGAAGUGUAGCUAAUCCAGUGUGUUUACAUGACAAUAGGGGAAAUCAGAUUAUCACACCUUUACAACAAUUAAAUGUGCAGCAUCUAUAAAAUAUACAGUGCAGGAAAAUACUUAUUUUUAUAUACCUCUAACAAACAUUGGCUACCCGUUACUGUUUCAGCUGUUUUUAGCUAAUAGUAGCAUUAGCUCCAUUCUUAAAGAUUUGGUCCUGGUACCGCCUUCUUGCUUUUUCUGUUCUUCAAGACUUUAAGACUAAAUGUGAACAUUUUUUUAGCGUUUAUAUCUUUGUAAUUAUCACAUUCAUUUAACAGGUGCCAUCUGAAUGGUGAUGUAAAGUGUUUGAACCAAGGGAUUGAUGCCAAAAUAUUCUAGCACUAGAGCUACAGCUAGAAUAAUGUAGCCUACACCGAUCAAGGCUACAGCUAUAAUCCUGCCGUCCCAGGAGAGUGGAGGUAUUGCUGGCACUUUCCUGCCACCACCUCACCCUAGUGAGCCAAUCAGAUGCAAAAUAGGUGCAGUGCUUGUUUGCAAAUCACAAGAAAAUGCUGCAGAGUGCAUUUGACUAUAACUUGAUAUCAAGUGGUGAGCUGCUUGGAAUCGAUUGGCAGGUCACAUGCAGCCUGUGGGCCUUGAGUUUGAUAUCUCUGGGUUACACUACACUGCUGUUUUGGGAGUUGCUAUUUGCAUGUAGCUAUUGUUUCUGUGCUUUUCUUUUACUCUCCUGUUUACAGCACAACAUCAGCUGUGAUACCACCAACAACAGAUGCCCGUCUGUAGACACCGCAGCACACAUACCUUUAAUCAAAACAACAUUUUCACCAAACAAAGUGUCUGACAGAAAUCUGCAGCUACUAAUGACAAUUUCUAACAGCGGUACUGUGAUACUGUAUAUUAUCUCAUUUUAUGCAAGAUAAGCCUUCGGGUUCUUGGUCAGACACAAGUCAAAACAUGAGCCGUUGUCAUUUUAAUAUUUCUGCGUCGUCAGAAGGGACCAUGGACGUAGAUAAUGAAUGUCUGAAUUAUUUUUUUGAGACGUUGACAGCUGCCAUAAAGAAACCUGUUGUAGCUCACACGGACGAUUCCUGUGUGUGGACUGAACAGAUGGAGCUUCAGUGGAGGACGGAGAAGAGUGCAUUGUGUAUAUAUAUUUUUAAUGUUCAAAUCUCUCUGCAACAAACAAGUGUUGCCAGGCAGUGAAUGUGAUUUUGCUGUACUUUAGUCAGUAACAGUUUAAGAGACUGAGUGGACAUGAAAGGAGACACUUGCGACACCAGAGACAGUGGUGUCAGAGUUCAUCUAAGGUGGGCGGUAUUCAUCUGUUACGACAGUUUUACAUGGAAGAAGCUUUUAUUUACGGAAACGAACGGAAUGGAGGAGAAAGUCUUCUUCAUGUGCACACAGGAUAUGACACUUUAUUUGGAGUUGUGUGAUUUACUGUGCUGGUGACCGUGUAUGUCUUAGGUGAAGCUUUUGUGAAAUCUUCAGUUGAAAGUGCCACUCAUGGUUUCAUAUUGUACAGUCCACCCUUAAAAAAAAGCAAAAACAAAGGUUUUAUGUCAAAUGUGGUGAGUACAUUUAUGGAAAAGGGUGGCUUAUUUUUUCUGUUUUCUGUCAUUUUUCUUUUUUUUUUUUUUUUUUUUUGCACAAAAACACAGCCCAGUGGAGCUGUGUUUUUCUGUGACCCCCAUGUCUAAGACAGUAAGUGUGUCCCAGCACUCGAGUGAUCCAGGAUACCUCUGGUUGUCGUCUGAGCCGCCUCCUUCAAAAACACUUGAUGAAAUUCUCCAGAUAUGUUCACUUGUCUGCCAGUUAGCUGAUCAGCAAUCAGUGAUUCAAUCAGUACAUUUUUAUUUUUGCCAAAUCAAUGUAUUUUGCCAAAUGUGUUUUAACUGUAGAUGUCUGGUAGUGUCCAAAAAAAUAAAGAUUCUGACAAAUGGGUAAAUGGUGCAUGCAAUAUUUUCUUUUUCUUAAUGGAAAUGUUUUUUAUGGAAAUUUCUUUAUAGAAUGUUUUAUCAAAAAAUAAAUCCUAUUACAUCAGUGUUA